GAAAAAAAGAUCCGCCGUGAUUGAAUGGCGGAGCAGAUUAGAUGGGCCAGAUGACCUAAUUCUGCUCCUACGUCUUAUGGAAACAAAUGAAUCCUUGCAAACUCAUUUCACGCUGACUGAAGUUAUUACAUUUUAAAAUGCUCCACUAAAGGCAUUUGGAAAAAACUGUUCAAUAAUCAGUGCCUUCUUUGACGACUCUGCAGAAUAAAAGCCCCCAGAAUUGCAUUUUAGCGUAUGGAGAAACAAGCAGAAGCAAGGAAAGUCAGCAACAAUCAAAAGGUAGCUCGCUGCUGCAGCCACAACCUUGUAGCGAUUUGUCCUGGGAGCGAGGGCGUCCGGAUCCGGUUUACUGAGACACCACAGUGCGGAGCGAUCAUUUCCUGAAUGUCAGGCGGUCUUAAUGAGUGAGAUUCGGCGAGUGGACCGGGGGGUGGUCCCGGGAAAAGCCCUGGCCAGGGACUGAGUCUCCGGUCGUCAGUCGGAAGGUAGUUGUUGGUGAUCUGUGAUACGAACUGCUUCACUGCGGGCGAGAUCGUGCGCGGAAGAAGCAGAAAUGAAGACUGGAUUCUGGUUUCAGGUUGCUAGGAGGCACCUGUUGAACUGGCAAAACUACAAUUAUCAACAAAGCAUAUCACCACUCCCAGAGAUGAAGCAUCAGAGAUUAACAAGUAGUCUGUGCUGUUUAGGUAGAGAUUCAGAAGUCUGGCAGACCUGGAUUAAACCUAAUGUGGUGUUACUACCUUGCACAAGACAUCACUCAGUCUUCAGAAAUUUUGUACACAAUGUAGGACUUCCAUCUAAAAGGCCAUCAGCCAUCAUCCCAAGCCAACCCUCCUUCAGAGACUUUUCUCACUGCACCAGAUGGAGGCCUGCUUAUAUCUUUUCAACAAAACUUUUUAUUGCUAAAGAAACCACUGACCUACAUAAUGACUUCCACACUACUUCUCGGGUCUUAGCCUUGCCGAUCCCUUUGUUUUUGAUUCUGCUGAAGCCCCUCAAGAAAGUUGCAGCCAUGUUUCUUGGCAGGAGUAUUCGGAAAUGGUGGAAUGAACUUCCAAGUGAACAACAGGAGCUGCUCAAGGAUAGGGUGAAAAAGAAUAAGUGGAGAAUUUUGUUUGGCCUGUGUGGCAUGUCAGGGGUGAUUGGAUUGUAUUUCUUGACCCACCUGGACAAGAGUCCAAUUACAGGACGCCGUCGCCUACUGGUGUUCAGCAAACGACAAUACCUGAAGCUGGCUGAAUUUGAGUAUCAGUCGGUGCUGGAAAAGUAUAAGGAUAAAUUUUUGCCUAAUGAUGAUCCAAUCUAUAAGGCCAUUCAGUUUGUUUUCAACCAGUUAAUUGAGAGAAACAAAGAUAUACCAGGUGUUUCUGAGACCAAGUGGAUUAUUAACGUUGUGGAAGAUCCAGAGAUAAAUGCCUUUGUCUUGCCUAAUGGGCAGGUGUUUGUUUUAACUGGGUUGCUGAAAGCUGUGGCAGACACUGAUCAACUGGCAUGUAUUCUUGGUCAUGAGAUGGCUCAUUGCCUUCUGGCACAUGGGGCAGAACAUGCAAGUAUUAUUCAACUCCUUGACUUCGUGUCCCUCGUAUUUCUGACGCUUACUUGGGCUGUGUUCCCACGGGAUAGCCUUGCUCUUCUGGGGCAGUGGAUCCAAGGCAAGCUAAUUCAGUACAUGUUUGAUAGACCCUACAGUCGAAAACUGGAGAUUGAAGCUGAUGAGAUUGGACUACAACUUGCUGCUAGGGCCUGCAUAGAUGUGAGAGCCAGCAGUGUAUAUUGGCAGCAGCUGGAAUUGAUGAAGAUUGUUUCUGGUACAUUUCAAAUUCCUGAAUGGUUUUCUACGCAUCCAUCAAAUGAACGUCGAGUUCAACACCUGGACAACCUGAUUCCAAAGGCUAUCAAACUACGGGACGAGUGUGGGUGCACUUCAUUGCCGAGCAUAGACCCACGAUUAGUUUUCAAGCUUAGUAUGGAGGAAGUGAUGAAGCGCUUGAAGAAAUGGGAAGAACCGACGUGCACAGAUUCUGGAAUUGAACCGAUGUGCACAGUUUCUGGAGCUGAACAUCCACCUCAGCAGCAAGAGAUCGGCCCAGUUGUAAUGCAGAGGAUACCUGCAGUAAUUACACUACAAGCACUCCAAAGCACAGCAGACUCUCAGAAAUAAACAUAUUGAACUGUAUUUGGUACCGUGCAAAUUAGCAAUUUGUGUUUUUAAUUUAACUGGACAGUGGGAAACAGAAAUAGUAUGAGAUGCAGUUGUCUCUAAAGAGAUAUUUCUGUAUUUUCCUAAAUUUUGGCGGCGCUUCCAGUUGUUCAGUGAUUAUUUCUUUAAUUAGGUAUGGUUUCAUUUUGUUCCAAACAAAUAAGUUGGGAAGUCUGUUACAAGGAACAAUCCAGUUUGCAACAGUCCCCAGUGGAAUGUUAAUUUGUAAUUAUGUUCCUUGGAGUCCCUGUUGCACAAAAAUUUACCUUGGCAGCAGCAGCUCUCUAGUUGGUGAAUCCUGUUUGAGGUAGCAUAAGUAGUAGGAGCAGGAGUAGGUCAUCUGGCCCGUCGAGCCUGCUCCGCCAUUCAAUAAGAUCAUGGCUGAUCUGGCCAUGGACUCGUCUCCACCUACCUGUCUUUUCCCCAUAAUCCUUAAUUUGCCUACUAUGCAAAAAUCUAUCCAACAUUGUCUUAAAUAUAUUUACUGAGGUAGCCUCCACCGCUUCAUUAGGCAGAGAAUUCCACAGAUUCAGCACCGUCUGGGAAAAGCAGUUCCUCUUCAUCUCUGUCCUAAAUCUACUUCCCUGAAUCUUGAGGCUAUAUUUCCUAGUUCUAGUCUCACCUAUCAGUGGAAACAACUUUACUGCCUCCAUCUUAUCUACCUCUUUUCAUAAUUUUAUAUGUUUCUUUAAGAAUUCUCAUUCUUCUGAAUUCCAGUGAGUACAGGUCCAGGUGAAUCAAUCUCUCCUCAUAGUCUAACCCCAUCAUCUCUAGAAUCAACCUGGUGAACCUCCUCUGCACUGCCUCCAAAGUCAAUAUAUCCUUCCUCAAGUAAGAAGACCAGAACUACAGGCAGUACUCCAGGUGCAGCCUCACCAGUACCCUGUACAGUUACAGCAUAACCUCCCUGAUCUUAAAUUCAAUCCCUCUAGCAAUGAAGGCCAACAUCCCAUUUGCCUUCUUGAUAGCCUGCUGCACCUGCAAACCAACCUUUUGUGAUUCAUGGCUAAUUGAAUACAGUGAGAUAUGAGUGAUUUGUUAAGCAAAGUAUGUGAAUUGAAAGGUAAAAUAAUCUAUUUAGGAAAAGCAAGUGAUUGGGGCGAAGGGGAGGAUAACAAGUGAAGGGGAUGGCGCGGAACACGGCAAUUUAGCCUUGAGCAGAAAAGCUGCAAGAGAAUUAAUAUCACCAGGAACAUGUGAGACUGGUAUUGACAGCCAUUGUUGUAAUCAAAUGUAGGUAGAAACUGCUAACAUGUACUUGAAAUUUGCAGUGAUUUUGUUUUUUAACUCUGGUAUUGUAUUACUUUUAGAAUUUAAUUUCUCUUAUCCCAUCCUGAUACUUAGGUGGAAGGUUUCUCUGUUAAUGGGGAAACAGCUUUUGAUUUUCUUCAGCAUUGUAAUCCAUGAGAAUCUCUCAGUCCCAUUCUAAGUGCAGGGCUAAUAAUUCCUUCACUCGGUAGGGAACUAGAUAAUGUGUAUAAAAUAGGUUUUAUUAAUUACAGUGCAUUUGAUGAAAUUUGUAUGCAUAAAAUUAUUUUUAUGAAUAAUCAGUCUCUUCCAUUUUUAUACACAUCAUACAGGCCUUGUACAUUCAAAGAAACACAAGUUGUUUAAGUAAUAUAUUUAGAGCAUGUGCCAACCCUGCAUUGAAAAAGAUUUCAGCAAUGUGAAAUUGCAUAUUUCAUGCUGCAAAAUCACCAAUACGUUGGUUAUUUUCCAGUUCAUACCUGAUCAGUCUACCUUUAGAUUUGAUUGAUAACUCACUGAUGUAGUUGUUUCAGUAUUUUCAUUGAAAAUAAAUCCUGAUGUACCAAGAAAGUGUUUUUUUUUUGUUUGUGUGGCAUUGUGGCACUGCUGGCAGAUCUGUUGCAGCAACCCAUAUAUGAUCCAGAACUCUGGUGCUGUCUGCGUGGAGUUUGCAUGUACUCGCUGUGUCUGCAUGGGUUUCUCCUGGUGCUCCAGUUUCCUUUUGCAUCACAGAGGCAUGCUGUUGACAGGUUAUCUGGCCACUGUAGAGCGCCCAUAUUGUAUAGACGAAUGAUAGAAUCUGAAGAGAAUUGAUGAGCAAGUGUGGAGAAUAAGUUACACCGAAAAUGGGUCAAUGGCAUUGCUCUGUAAACUGGCAUAGACUUGAUGGGCUGAAAGAUGUCCUUCUAUAUCUUAAGGAAAUGUGGAAAUGGUAAACUUGUUAAGUAGUAUUAUUAGUUACCAGUUCUAUUUUCAGACACAAGUGUACAGGAUUUGUGGGGUAGGAUUACUUAGGAUUGGAGUCUAAAGUUAUGAACCUAAACAAUUAAAUCCAAUGUAGUGUGAAUAUUUUUCAAGAGUGCCUCUGUCCAAUUAUUGUGUAGUGGGAGUGUGAGGUAGAAACACGCAUCAGAAAUUGUUCUUAGCCCAUAUUUUAUGGCAUGUCCAGAGAUUCCAUUUAUGAAUUUGUGUUAAUUUUCAUUCUACCUGAUUUAUGUUUUACUCCCAUUGCUGUUUCAUAGUUGCCAUGAGGUCCCACAGAUAGUACUAACUCUUGGAACAUUUAAAGUAGCUACUGCAGCAGCAUUUAAACACCAAGUUAUUGAUUUAUAUUUUACCCUGGCUGUCUUCGACCUACGUGUGUUCCUUGGCUUCUUCUAAGCAUCUGAGCUAUAGCUUCUAGGAUUUAGCAGACCUUUUCUAUCAUGUUCUUAUUGGCUAUUGAUAAUAACUACCAGUUAUAAUGCAAAUGCUCCACAGCAAUAAUAAUAUAAGUAUUGCCAUUAUUAUUAUGUGUAUACAUAACAAUGAUAUAAAAUGCAGCUACAAUUAACAAUCAUAUUAAAGAUGGUCCAAAGAAACUAUAACAAAGGAUUCAUGCAGUUUCUUUCUCCCAAUUACAUCCGAGCCUCCUAGCCUCUUCCAGAUUUUGCACACAGUCACCAAAAUCCAGACAAGAGGUGAGGUAGAACUGCCAAUGCGAUUAGGGCAGAUUUCAGCUGAGAAACUGUAAUAAAACAAGUAGGACAGGGAAAUAAAUGACUAGCAACAUAACUGGCCCAAGGAGGGUAUACUCUUAUCAGAUGCAAACCGGUUUGAUAUACCAUUUAAUUGUUUUGAAAUUGUUUUUUGUGGAUGUCC